AUGGAGAAAACUGCUUUUAUCACACCAUAUGGCAUCUUCUGCUACCGCAUCAUGCCCUUUGGGCUCAAGAAUUCAGGCGCAACAUUCAAUAGAGCAAUAUUCAAGAUGUUGCAAGAACAAAUCGGCCACAUCGUUGAAGCUUACAUUGAUGAACUCGUUGUCAAAAUUGGAAAACUCCUGCCUUACUUCCAAUCAUACCCCAUCGUCGUCUUAACAGAGCACCCCCUCAAAAGCCUUUUUCGGAAGGCUGACCUAUCCAAUAGGGUCUCCAAGUGGGCAGUAGAGCUAGCAAACUUUGAUAUCCGUUUUGAGCCACGAAUGGCAAUCAAAGGACAGGUUCUUACUGACUUCAUUGCUGAGCUUACUCCACAAGAUACAGAACUUCUCAACACACCCAUCCCAAAACAAACCGUCGUCGAGCAUCGAGUGUCGCCAAAACCUUGGCACCUUUUCCAAGGGGACAACUGGCGCCUACAUGUUGACGGAGCAUCUAACAGCAACGGAGCAGGAGCCGGGGUCGUCCUAGUCUCCCCUUGUGGAACACUACAUGAAAGUGCUAUCAGCAUCGAAUUCCCCGCCACGAAUAAUGAAGCUGAGUAUGAAGCCCUCCUAGCUGGCUUACGCUCUGCAGUUGCGAUGGAAAUCUCCGACCUUGUUGUUUACUGCGACUCCCAACUCAUAAUCAACCGCGAACACAAUGCACACGUAGACGCACUCGCCGGCCUUGCCUCAGCUUCUAAAGCCUCCAAGUUCCGGACAAUCAGCUUCGGCAGCAUCGACCAUCCCAGCUUUGACACAACUCCUGAAAUUCUCAAUGUUGAACUCGGUCCAAGCUGGAUGGACGAGAUCGUUGCAUUUCUCAAAAAUGACAAUUUACCAGCAGAUAAGAAGGAAGCUUAUUGCAUCAGGAACAAGGCUGCUUACUAUUGGCUUUUCGAAAGUGGUCAACUCUACAGGAAAUCUAUCUCCGGCCCAUACCUCCUCGUGGUCCACCCAACCCAAGUACCCGAGAUCCUAACCGAACUUCACUCAGGAAGAUGUGGAUACCACUUCGGCGGCCGUUCACUUUGCCAACGAGCAUUAAGUCAGGGAUAUUUUUGGAAGAACAUGAAGAAAUAUUGCGCAGAAGUUGUUCGCAAGUGCCGGCCGUGCCAACUUUUUUCACCCAUCCUUAAACAGCCAGCCCAAAACCUUUUCCCCAUCAUAAGUCCAUGGCCUUUUGCGCAAUGGGGGCUUGACAUCGUGGGCAAACUCCCAACAGCCCCAGGAGGAUUCAAGUUUGGCGUCCCUUACGCCAUCGUAUCAGACAACGGAAGCCAAUUCGUCAGUAAAGACCUCACCAGCCUCUGCGCCGAAUUUGGGAUACGCUUCUUCAACUCUACUCCAGCAUACCCCCAAGGGAAUGGCCAAGCCGAGGCAACAAACAAAACUGUCUGCGCGGGGAUCAAGCGUCGGUUAAAUUCAAAGAGAGGAAAAUGGGCUGAGGAACUGCCACGUGUUCUUUGGGCUUACCGUUCUACGCCACGGCGCUCAACAGGCCAUAUGCCCUUCUCAAUGGUGUUCGGCAUGGAGGCCGUAAUCCUACUAGAAUCCAGGUUCCCCACCCUGAGAACAGAGAACUUCGAACCGAAGACUAAUGACGAAGCCGUAGAACAGGAACUGAUCUUGGCAGAAGAAAAGCACGACGACGCUCAGCUAAAGCUCGCCGAGUACCAACAGCAAAUGAAAUUCAAACCCAACUGGGAAGGCCCCUUUCGUGUUGUCAAAAUCGUUGGUGAAGGUGCUUACGUACUAGAAGACAUGAACGGAAAAACCCUCACCAACCCAUGGAAUGCACAGAACUUGAAAAAAGCAUAUAUGUGA